AUGUACAAAAAAUCCCCACAGUUUAAGCCUGCAAAAGUGUUACUGUAUUUUAAGCGAGCAACAUGUCGCUUAUUUCUGAAAUACCAAGUUUGUUUUAUUUCAGCCCGCAAAUUCACAGACAAGCAUGAAUGGAUAUCCGUUGAAAAUGGCAUUGGAACAGUAGGAAUCAGCAAUUUUGCACAGGAAGCAUUAGGAGAUGUUGUUUACUGUAGUCUUCCAGAAAUUGGGACAAAAUUGAGUAAACAUGAUGAGUUUGGAGCUUUGGAAAGUGUGAAAGCUGCUAGUGAACUCUACUCUCCUCUCUCAGGAGAAGUGACAGAGAUUAAUGCUGCCCUCGCAGAUAAUCCGGGGCUCGUCAAUAAAUCUUGUUAUCAAGAUGGUAAGAUGUUGGCUGAACUUGAUGAACUGAUGAAUGAAGAUGCCUAUGAGAAAUACAUAAAAUCCAUUGAGGACUGA